UGUGCCUGAUAAACGUUUAUUGUAGAACGCAGUUUGAGUGGCAGAUAAAUUAAUCUGCGCGCAUUGCUCAGCAAAUUUUCAAAGUGUCGUCAGUUAUCAGUUUUUUACCUAGAAAAUAAAACUAAGAUAAUAAUGCAAGCAAACGCUAGUGCUUUUCUUCGUAAAAAUAGUUUCAGCUCGUUGAUUUUAAGAAGUUUUCAUCGUGCAAAUUAUCAUGCGACAAAACAGAGCUAUCCUUUAGAUGGGAUAAAGAUCCUGGACUUAACGCGAAUUGUAGCAGGGCCGUAUUGUACUAUGGUGCUUUCCGAUUUGGGAGCAGAAGUAUAUAAAAUUGAACGACCAUUCGUUGGCGAUGAGUCUCGCAAGUGGGGACCACCAUUUAUCAAAGACUCGAAAGAUUCGGUCUACUUUAUGGCCUCGAAUCGCAAUAAGAAAAGUGUAUGUGUAGAUUUGAAGAAAGGGCGGAAUGUAAUAUAUGAUUUUGCAAAAAAGUGUGACGUCCUUAUUGAGAAUUACAUCCCAGGAAAACUUGACCAGAUGGGUCUUGGGUACGAAGAUCUUCGGCAGAUUGCUCCUAAAUUAAUAUAUUGCUCUAUAACUGGCUAUGGGGCGAAAGGUCCUUAUAAAAAUAGGCCUGGGUAUGAUGUUAUAGCAGCUUCUAUUGGAGGUUUACUUCAUAUUAGCGGGAACGAAGGUGGUGCCCCAGCGAAGGUAGGAGUAGCCAUUACUGAUAUAGCUACCGGUCUUUAUGCUCACGGAGCAAUUUUGGCAGCGUUACUGCAGCGUCACAAAACUAAAGUUGGUCAAAAAAUAGACGUUAAUCUUUUAUCGACGCAAGUGGCCUGUUUGAUAAAUGUAGCUAGUAACUAUUUAAAUGCAGGUAAAGAAGCUAAACGAUGGGGUACUGCACAUGAAAGCAUUGUGCCUUAUGAAGCAUUUCCUACUAGUUCUGGAUAUAUUACCAUCGGAUGCGGAAGCAAUGCACAGUUUGUAGCCCUCUGCAAUCGUCUUGAUGUUCCUCACAUAGCUGAAGAUGAUCGUUUUGCUACCAAUGAGAUGCGUGUCAAACAUCGAAAAGAACUUAUUGGUAUAAUCUCUGCCAUAAUUAAACAACGUUCGUCCGCAGAAUGGAUGACUAUCUUUGAAGGCGUUCCUUUUCCGGUUGGGCCAAUUAAUAGCAUGGCCGAAGUGUUCCAAGACCCACACAUACAGUCCAUUGGUAUAGUUAAGACCUUGCCACAUCCAACAGCUGGAGAUAUACAGGUUGUCGGACCUCCAGUUGUUUAUAGUGAAGCAUAUAAUUCAGCUCGUAGUGCUCCUCCUCUACUAGGUGAACAUACCGACCACACAUUGCGUGAGCUGCUAGAAUACAGUACUGAACAGAUUGAUGAUUUAAGGCAGAAUGGAAUAAUUCAAUAGUGUUUACAAAAUGUCGAAACGAAGUAUUUGCUAUUAUCAAAAAAAUGUCAAUGUUGUUGAAUUCAUAUUUUAUACUACAGAGAAAAUCAUUAUGUACCCAUAUUUUUACUAAAGCUUGGUUUUAGAAAUACAAAUAAACUUGCUUUUUUUUUUAA